CUAUGCUUGAUAAUCAUAUAGAUCUAAGCAGUGUUGAGUUUGAAGAAAUAGUUAAUAUGACAGAUAUUUUUUUGACAAAUAUAAAAGAAAAUGUAAAUAAUGCAAGCCGUAUUAAUGAAAAUAAAGUAGCUAGUGAGGAUAAAAUAA